AUGUCUCGUGAGGAACAGUCGCGGGAGAGGGAGCGAGAACGUCAGCGGGCGCGGGAGAAGCGGGAGGUGCUGUCAGGCCUGAACGAUCGGGACACCCAGCCCGUGGUGUUCGGCGUGGUGCGGCGCUCCCCCACCGUCAACAAGGUGGAGAGGAUACUCGGAGACUACGAAUCCUUCAGACUGGGCGCCCCCAACACACCCCGCACCGCACAGGACCAGGAUGCCGCCUCCGCCACGCAGCACCCCAAGCCCCCUCACCCCUCCAGCACCCCUUCCUCGUCCUCAUCCUCGUCUUCUAAGUCGUCACAGCCCCCCCAGUCAUCCCCGGGCACGACCACACGCCCCCCGAAGUCCCAGCCGGUGUGCAUCAAGCCCCCACAUCCCCCCUCGACCCACGCCCACACUAAGAAUGGCGAGGUGAAGGGGAACCUCAAAGGAGGACCUGGACCGGGGCCGGGAGACGGGGGACCUGGGGGAGGGGGAAGGAAGUCGGCUGUCACUAAGGGUCUGCCGCCUCUCAAAGUGGACGGGUCGGGCACGGGACAAAUGGAUCCGAAAAUACAGCAGAUUAUGUCCGAGAUGACGGUGAGGGAUCCGGUGUCCGCCAUUGUGCAGACCCCCCGCCACGACCACCCCCAGUUCACCUACGGGCACUCUGCUACAGCCACUGCCGUCGCCGCCGCCGCCGCCGCCGCUGCCGCCGCCGCCGCCGCCUCCUCCAGGGCAGUGCCGCGUACAGGGCCGCCCCGCGUGCCCUGCGUGCCCUUCAAGGCUGCCACCCGCCUGAGCGGGGCUGCCCCAGGCAUGCGGAUGUACCAGGGCCCCCCUCAGGCUCAGGGGAGGUCGCCCCCGCCGCCCAGCCGCGCCGAGGCUCCACCACACCUGCCUCAACCCCGCAGCGCCCCCCACCACCACCCCCACAGCCGUCCCGCCCCUGCCCCGCCAUCACGCCCCCACCACAGCCACCACAGGACUGGCCAUGGCCACCACAGCCGCCACCACAGCCGCCACCACCACCGCCACCAGUGCGGCUCGUCAGGGGGGAGGGGGGAUGGGCCCUACCCCCAGGUGCCACCAGGCAUGGCCACCCCUGAUCCCUCCCCCCUGCCCCCAGCACUACCAUCACCACCACCUUGCUGCAGGAAUGAAAUUACUGGGGAGGGCAAUGGGCAGCAAUGCACAAGAGGGUGGGGGGAGAGGGUAGAGGGUAACCAGUGUGUCCCAACACUUCUGUGGCGGACGUCUGAGUCUUCUCGGUCCAGGCAGUCACAGUCACAAGUCCUUGCCACCCUCACAUUGCCUCCCUUAUCACCAGGAAGCUCAGAAAUGCUGGACAACGGCAGCCACAUUAAUGAUGAGCUGAGGCUUUCGGAGGACAGCGAUGAGGAGGAGCAGGGUAAUGGCAGCACAGGGGGAAGCACAGGUCACACUGUAGGCUCAGGGGGAGCAUUUGGCACCCCCCAGGGCCACCACAAGUCCUCCAUGGGACCAGCCUCCAACAGCAUGGUGCCCCUGUCCCCCAUCUCCCCCAAGUCCUCAGAUGAGUCCUCCACCUCUGAGGAUUCCAGCGACGACUCGGAGGUGUCUUCCAAUAACUCCACCGACGAGGAGCAGGUGGAGUGCUCCCCCAAGCACCCGGAGAACAAGUCCGACGCAUGGAAGCUGGACAACUUCAUGACCUUCAGGAAGACCAACUCACCCAUGUCUGUUGGGGGUGCCGGCACGGGGCCGCAGCGUACGGAGGAGCAGCAGCCGCAGGACGCCAAGGAGCCGCUGCCACCGCUGCCACGGGAGCGCACAGAGCGCAAGGUGGCCAAGAACACAUCAGCUGGCAGCUCCCACCACGGCGGCCGCAGCGGCCAGGAGGGGCGGGGCUGGGCCAAGCAGGACAAGGCAGGGCUGUACGAGGACUCCUCUGGCGAGGAGCAGCCCCACCCUCGCCCCAUCCCUCGGGUGUCUGCAGAGGUGCGCCAGACACCCAAGCACGGCCGGGACCCCCCAGGCCGGCCCCGCCUGCCCAAAGCCAAGGCCCCUGCCACCCACUACCAGGACAGUGACUCAGACAGCGAUGCCCCGCCACCCCGUAAGAGCCAGCCGGCGGCCAAGGCAGCAGCCCCGCAGGACACGGACAAGUCCCCCAAGGUGAGUGCCGCCCCACCGCCCCGUGAGGCUCCUAAGAAGUUCCCUCGGAAGCGGUCUGACUCCCGAAAGGGCGGCCACUCAGGUGCCAAAUCGGAGGGCAGCCGGGGGCGGCCACGGCGGCCCCGGGAGUUCCAGUCCCAGGAGACUGUGUACGACUCAGACAGUGACCGGUCCGUGGACGUGACCACUGCCUCGCCAGAGAAGACCGUGGGGCGCGGCACCCCCUCCCGGACCUCCUGGGAGGCCACCCGCACCACGGCCAGCCCCCUCAAGCCUCCAUCGGCCAGCCCCCAUGUGUCACCCCGUGUGCCACCCAUGGCCAACAAGGCCAAGCGCGCCGUUGCUGCCCCUGCCGGGCUCAGCUCAACACUCGGCUCAGACUCCCCCGUCAGCAAGAGUGAAGACGAGCCUGAGUCCCUGGGCCAGGGCGGCUCCCAGCGGCCCGAGGCAGCCCGGGGCAGCAGCAGCAGCAGCAGCAGUAGCAGCAGCAGCAGCAGUAGCAGCAGCAGCAGCCUGAGCAGCAGCAGCGGCAGCAACAAGGGGGCGCUGGUGAACCGGGCGUUUGGCGCGGCGGCCAAGAAGGACCGGGCCAGCCGGGACCAGGAAGCGGUGGAGGCCAAGAAGAAGGCCAAGGGGGAGAUGCAACGGCCGGGGGCCGGGGCCAACAGGAGGGACAGGAGUGACAAAAGUAGUGCAGAGCCAAAAGUGCCCAUACCACAGGUACAAUUUGUGGACGGUUACCCCCGCCUCACCUGUACAAUUCCCCUCAGCUUUAUUGACAAAGUGCCCAAGCCUAGUGUUAGUGGUGCGCCCUACCCUGUAAAUACGGUGAAGAGUGAGAUCAAGGUGGAGCAGGAGGACGAGGAGGACGAGGAAGAGGAGGAGGAGGAGGAGGAGGAACGGAAGACUGUGCUGGACAACAGGACUAAAGAGGGGAAGGGCAAGAGGAAAGCCAGUGAGCCGGGCACCAAGGCCACUGAGGACGAGUCAAAGCGGAAAAUUAUCUUCUCCAUAUUUGGCAACGUGAAGCGGCAGGACCAUGAGAGUGACGACGACAAGGUCAAGCGAGAGGUGAAGAAGGAGGAGGAGGAGAGCGAGGAGGAGCGCGGCGGCCGGUCCUCCUCCCUGCGGCCCACUGUCACCAUCAAGCAGGAGCCAGGGGAGGCCACACCCGCAAGACAACCGGUCCUGGCCAGCCCGCGGUCCCCUGUCUCGGACACCUCCAUCUCCCGCCAGCACCGCAAGAAGAAGCAAGAGAGAGCGUCCCCCACCAGGGAGAGGAAACGACCAAAGAAGGGCAGUGAGCGCCACCCACAGGAGAGCUUGGGCCUCCCCGGUGGUGGCAGCAGUGCAGAGGGUCGGGGGCGGCGGGAUGGCAGCGUGGAGAGUGAGAAGUGGUCCAGGAAACGAGCACAUGAGCGGGACAGCAGUCUGGAGAGCACCAGGAGCAACUCCCGGGCGAACAGCGAGUGCGGGGAGAACCACAGCAAGAAGCCGAGGAUGUGCAAGAGUCUGGGCACGCCCGACGCCAUAGCCAGCAGCCCCUCCAGCUCCAGGGCGGCCAGCCAGCGGUCGGCAGAUGACACGCACCACAGCUGGCCGCAGGAGAAGGAGGACCCCACUCAGCUGAAGCACCCACAGAGACCCCAGCAUUCUCAGCAAUCUAGUCAGUAUUCCCACAAGGGCUUCAAUGGAGUGGCGGAGGAGUCGGCACUGAGUCACCAGGAGGCGGAGUACAGCGAGGAGGCGGACACCAGUGCCACCCCCUCUGGGCCACGCUCUGCCGCCACCCACCCGCGACUUUGUGGCAAGGACAAGGUGGAUGAGAGUGGUAGCACCCCUUGUGGUGACAGCAGCGGCUACACAACAUCCAGGCCGGUGUCUGAGCACGAGUCCAGGGUCAGCUACCGGUCAGGGGAGCAGGCGGCCAAGGUGCCAGAGUCAUCGGAGGCACCAUGGCACCCUGGGAACUUAGCGGCACCACACGGCCAGCGGUUACCAGGGCCGAGCACCACGCCGAACACCACAGCCAGCGCCGCCCUUCCUCCCUCCAGGCCAGCCGGGGACCAGGCAUUAUUGCAUGGACACUAUGCAAACCAACAAGAGCGACAGUAUACAUCCUAUAUUGAAAGGAGAAUACCAGAAAUUAACAGGGACUACAACUGCUACCUGAACCGGGCCAAGCAGCUGAAACACAUCGCGGACGAGGAAACGGACCGGUCCAUGCAGGCUAUGAAGUACCUGGAGGCGGCGCUGUACUUCAUCCUGAGUGGCAAGGCGAUGGAGACAGACCACGAUGCCUCGGCCUCGCUCACCAUGUACAAGGACACGCUCCAUUUCAUCAAAUGGGUUUCCUCUGUGUUUAGGAGAGAAAACCAGGAAGGCUCCAUUAAUGCUAAGUUGGCUGUUAUAAGUUUGCGGUGCCAGAGUCUGUUGUCACUCAAGAUCUAUCAGAUGCGUCGGUUUGAGCACAAAGACAACCAGAGGCAGCUCAACAAGUACUUCCAGAACCUUAGCAAGCCUGGGAACAUGGAACCCAGCGGAGGCAACGGGCAGCAGUGGGGGGGCCAGCGGGGGGCGGGCUCCCCUUCACACCCCUCCCAGACCCCCUCCCCUGCUGGGUCAGUGGGGUCGGAGGGCUCACAGUCCUCUGGCUACACCACCAGCACAGAGGGUCGCUCCAAGGCUGGCGGGUCGGCGCCCCCCGUGGGCCACACGCCGCCACACCCACAGCCGCCCCAGGGUGCCCACGCCUCGGUGUCGGUGGUGUCUGUGCCGGCCAACAUCCACACCCUCAUCAUCAAGCAGAAUUACCUGUCCAGCCACCUGGCAUCUGCACACGACAUGUGGAUGGAGGCCGACGAGUAUGUCUCCAAAAACAACAUCAAAGAUUUCUUUGAUGAGUUGGACCACCAGGCGAGCCCUCUCACGCUGCACUCCUCCCUGCCGGAGCUGGUCAUGUACGUGCAGUGUGGCCUGCACCGCAUCAAGGCCUAGCUGCCGCCCCCCCCCUGGCUGCUGCUCCCCCCUCCCCAGCACUGGGGGGACGGGGGGUGGGGCGGGGCGGCACGCCGGCCCCAUGCCUUGUUAGCGGAGAAGUGAGCGCCGCCGCCGCUGCCGCCGCAGUGGUCGGGGCGGGGCGGGGCGGGGCAGCCUCGCUGCUGGAUCCAGAUACUCAAGGAAGAACUCUCAUUAGUUACAGUAGUGUAGUGCAAUCAGACGGUGUCAAGUUAUUGUGGGUUGUUCCCAGGCCUCGGUGCGGCGAGUGGCGCUGCGCCGAGCGUCUGCGGCGUGCAUUGCGUUACGUGCAGAGCGGGGGCCCAAGAUCCCGAACGUUUGGCUUCCUUGUGUGACAACUGUGAUGCCUUAUCAUUAAAUUUAGUUACGAAUGGUUUUAUACAGAUAGUCGACAUUUUUUUUUAUUUUUCUUUUGUUAUACUUCCCACCCAAAAUGUACAAAUUUGCUGAGAGGUCCAUAAGUGUGAAGACAUUGCCUUGUGUGCUCACGUGGAGCACACUCCAGCCGUCAGCCAGCAGACCAGCGCCCUGCGGCCUCCCUCCCAAGUGGCCCCGGGCAGCGCCAGCCGCCGGCGGGGGGAGCGGGGCCAGGACGCCCCAGCUGGCCUCCCGCCUGCUGCCACGGGCCCAGCGAAGCGCUGCGCGGGCUUGGCCGGACGCCAGUUCUCAACAGAUACCUCUAAACGUUUUGUAGCGGAGGCACGGCAGCGGUGGCACACACGGCUUGCUCCGGCACGCCCGGGGCAGCGCCGCGGUGGCGGUGGUGCAGACGUGAGGGCCGGCUGGGGGGGUCGUGCGCCGGCCUCCCUCCCUCCCUCGGGUGACCUUCUUGGCAACUCAAUAUUGUGGCAUGUACUGAGCACACACUCCCUGCCAGAUGUAUAUUUUUGUACAUAUAUUGAAAUUUGAUAAUGGUACUGACCAUGAUGAUGUUACUGAUAUAGUACUUUGUACUGGGCUUUAAUUCCCAUGGAAACCCCGAACUUUUGUAACUAACAAAAGUUGAUAAUUUGAAUGGCAAUGUUUUCAAUUAUUUUGUCCCCCGGGGCAAUAUUGUUAAGUAUACUUAAUUUUAUCGAUGCUCAUAUGCUCGUUAUAGAUGAUAUAAAGUUGAUAUUUGUACUUGUAGACUUAAAACUCUAUCGAACCAGGAAUGCAUUAAAUUAUUUUCUCGUCACAAACCCGAUGGGAGUCGCUCCCACGCCCGACAAAAAGCCGUCACGCUUUGUUUCCGUGGUUGUCUCCGACUGGCCAGACUCCGGCAGCCCUGGACCCCGGCCCGGCCCGGCGACCGUCCGGCAGCUGGUUCACUACAAGUACGUCGGUGGCCGCGCGUCACCUGGUCUCUGUGAUGACCGCCGCAACACAACACAUGUCCUGGUCUUCUGCCUUGUCACUUCCUCAUCCAUAUCACAAGAGUAUUGUUCAUUUGUUGUAUAACGUUUCAUCUCAUUACAUCCACACGGUGAGCUUCUGUCAGCGCCGCCGCCUCGGGCCGCCCAACAUUGGCGUAUUCUCAUUUGGUUGCCGAGGAUGCUCCGCUGCCACACCCCCCCUGCCGCCGCCGCUGCUGCUGCUGUCUGCCAGGGCAGUAGUGGUGGCAGCAGCGGCGGCAGUGGCGGUGGCAGUGUGGCGGUGGGGGCACCUCGCCAGGGACACAAGCUGCUCCUGUCCUGUCACCGUUCCGUCUUCCCAGGAAGCUGAGGCGCCGGGGACUCUCUCUCCGCCUGUGUUGUGUUGUUUUCCUUCCUCCUUCCCUCCUUCCUUCCUUCCCUGUUUUCAUUGGCAAAGCCAAAGCUGGUUUAUAUUAUCUGAGAAGUCUGUUUGUUCACUGGUUCUUCACUCCUAAAGUUGAACCUUUGAGUUCAGUAUUGUUUGUAAAUUUAUUUAUUUAUUUAAAAAAGUGUUAGCAUUCAAUAUUUUAUUUAAUAAUAUACUGAAAUGUUGGUGCAGGUAGACAUUGUGUCCUUGGUGAAACAGGGUACUGCUGGGGUGGCCAGGCCGGGGUGCUGGGCCUGGCCGGGGUGGUGGUGGUGGUGGUGGUGGUGGUGGUGGUGGUGGAGGCAGUGGGGGUGAUGGUGGUGGAGGAGGGCAGCCAGCCAGUGUGGUGGCUGCCUGACUCACCAGUAUUAACAUGGGACACACACACACUCCCGUGCUCACUGGGAGCUUACUGAUGCACAAAGUGAAACAAACACUGCAACACCACCUGGGAAACACUGCAAGCAAUACUGUAACAAACGCACACCAUCUUCACCACACACACACACACACACACACACACACACACACACACACACACACACACACACACACACACACACACACACACACACACACACACACACACACACACACACACACACACACACACACACACACACACACACACACACACACACACACACACACACACACACACACACUGCCACCUCUCACUGCCAACACUAUAGAAUAUAUGUGACAUUGUUUUGUUUUGAGAAUUGUAGUGUGUACAAUUUGUCGUAGAGCCACCAGCCUUUGUAUUGGUCCCGUGAGAAGUGUGUUACGAAGUGCUGGAACCUGAGUGACUUUGGGUAUGGUGUUAUUAUACAGUGGUGGUGAUGAUAGUGGUGAUGAUGAGACAUGAUGCAUUUUCAGAGUCUGCCAAAGGUGAACAAUAACAGAAAUAUGAAGAUGAGUUUUGAUUUUUUUCUCUGCUUCCUCCUUCUUGUGUUUGUCAGUCAGUCAGUCAGUCAGUCAGUCAGUUUCUCCGUCAGUCAGUCAGUUUCUCAGUCAGUCAGUCCAUCAGUUCAUGUUUCCAUCUUUCUCUGUCGCCAAGACCAGCUGUCACUGUCUUGAAGUGUUUGAGUACAAGGACAAGUCUGAGCAUGUGAAGGACUGCAAAGUGAAGAAGGAUGGUGAAGGAAGCUGCUCAAAGGAGACACGUUGAUCUUGGACUGAAAGAGUGAAGGAUAUUUUUUGUCGACAAGAAGGAAGGUUACCAACACACCAGGUACAGUCCAGCAAACACCCCACACACCACCCCAGCCUGCCCCAGCACCUCAGGGGGUGGGCAGGGGAAGGAGCCUCACCCACUCCCUCACCCACACCCCCACCACCAUCUGCUCCCCCACCACUCCUCCUAGACAUAUCCAGCAGCCAGGGAGCCGCUACAGCCCCACAUGUUCCUCUGCACCGGCCAUCCACAUCCCGUCAUCCACAUCCCUCCCUCGCAUACUGUGGCACACUCGGGCUACCGCCGUGGUGGGGCCGCGGCGGGCGUGCCAGCCACACCCGCCGCUCACCUGCACCACCACCACCUCUUACAGAAAGUGUCCUUCCUAUAAUCCAUACUCUCUGACCUUAUUUAUUAUGACUUAAGUAGUGGUUAUCAUUUCCGUGUUUUUUGGGCACCUUUUGUUGAGGAACCCGAAAGCUGUACAAAAGGACAGUCUUAUUUCAAAUCUAUGCCAAGAUUGUAUCUACAAUAAGUAAAUGAAUAAUAACACAUGCACAGUUUGCUGUUUUACAGAUAUAUCAUGUAAAUAAUAAAGUAUUUCUUAUGUU